GCUCCCCCCACGCGUGUCUCUGCCCUGCGUGCGUGGGCGACUUCCCCCCCCCCCGGCGGCGCUUUGCAGACGCUCCCUGGCUCUGCCAGGGGAGGGGGGGGGCUGGCUUUGCAGCCCGGUUGCUGGGGGUUCGCGUGCAGAUCUGGGGCUGGCUGGCGGGCGGCGCAGGACGGGUUUGGAGCUGGGCUGCCGCACGGCCCGUCCGUCUCAGCGUCCCCGUGCGGCAGCCAGGGGCCCGCCAGGCCGGGGCGCCGGGACGGAAGGAAAAUGACUGAGAGGAAUAACCGGAGGCGGACGAUGAAGAAGGACGAUGAGGCCUACGAGAUCUCCAUCCCCUUCGAGGAGACGCCCCACCUAGAGCCCCAGAUCUUCUACAGCCUCAGCCCCCCCCAGAGCAACUUUGAAGAGCUGCCGGAGCCGCCCCCGCCCGCCCUGGCGCUGAUGAGCAGCAUGAAGACCCAGCUGCACAUGGCCCUGGAGCGCAACUCCUGGCUGCAGAAACGCAUCGAGGACCUGGAGGAGGAGCGGGACUUUCUGCGCUGCCAGCUCGACAAGUUCAUCUCCUCCGCCAAGGUGGACGCCGAAGAUCACUGCCGCAGCAAGCAGCCUCCGCGGCGGGCGGAGGCGGCCGAGAGCCGGCCCGGCGAGGCCACGGACAACGAAAGCCUGGCAUCCUCGCUCAGCGCCGCCUCGGAGCAGGGCGGCUCUGCCGAGCGCAAGAAGCAGAAGCAGAAGGGGGGGGUGAGCCGGCGGCGCUUCGGCAAGCCCAAGGCCCGCGAGCGCCAGCGAGUCAAGGACGCCGACGGGGUGUUGUGCCGCUACAAGAAGAUCCUCAACACCUUCCAGAAGCUGAAGAGCAUGAGCCGGGCCUUCGAGCACCACCGGGUGGAUCGCAACACGGUGGCUCUGACCACGCCCAUCGCCGAGCUGCUCAUUGUGGCGCCCGAGAAGCUGGCUGAGGUGGGCGAGUUCGACCCAUCCAAGGAACGGCUGCUGGAGUACUCGCGCCGCUGCUUCCUGGCGCUGGACGACGAGACCCUCAAGAAGGUGCAGGCCCUCAAGAAGAGCAAGCUGCUGCUGCCCAUCACCUACCGCUUCAAGCGGUGAUGGGGCCCCCUGCUGCCCCCCCACCCCGGGACCCGUUACCCCGCAAACCGCCCUAUCCCACUGCCGACACCAGCGCUGCCCCCUGGGAUGCCCUCAAGCCACCCUAUCCCACCGCUGACACCAACACUGCCCUGGGACUCCCUCAAACUGUCCUAUCCCACUACUACCACCGAUGCCGCCCCCAUCCCCUGGGAUCUGUGAUCCCGUGAAUUGGCCUAUUCCCACGCUGUCCCCCAAGAUUCCCCUGAACUGGCCUAUCUCACCAAUGCUGUCCCCACCCCUCAGGAUCUGUCACCCCACGAACCUGCCUAUCACACUGCUAACACCAAACACUCCCCCCUGAGACCCUCUCGAACCAUCCUAUCCCACCGCUAACGCCAACGCCGCUCCUCCCCGGGGCCCCUCGAAGCACCCUAUCCCAUGGCUGACACAAAUACGUACCCAAUCCCUGCUGCCCAUCACCUCAGGCAGUGAUGGGAUACCACCCCCCGAAACACACUACUGCCCCCGGGACACCUCCUCCCACUGCUACCACAAAUAUUGCCCCCCAGAUCACCUCUUGCUUCAAGCAAUGAUGGGACUAAGGCUCUGUCCCGCACCUAUCACUUCUGGGAGUAAUGUGAUAUUCCACCCCCACCGCAUGUGAUCGCACUUCUGGCUCCAUCACCCCGGUACCAUCCCCCUGGCACUGCCACCCACCCGCUAUUGCUUAAAACAAUGGUGGGACCCUGCCCUGCUCCAACAGGCCCCCCGCUACCAUCGACCGCCGCACUUCGUCCCAUUCCUCUGCCAGUCCCCUCUCCCUGUGGUCUGCAGCCACCCCUUGCUGAAUCUCUCCACCCCAACGCGUGUUGAAUGGCUUCGUUCCUCCCUCUUUCUGUGCACACCACCUGCUGGUCUCAGCACAGCUGGGGAGCCAGGACACCUGGGUUCUCUCCCCGGCUCUGGGACGGGAGCAGAGUCUAGUGGUUAGAGCGGGCGGGCUGGAGGGCCAGGACGCCUGGGUUCCAUUUGCCCUCUCUGGGGCCUUGGGGAAAUUCCAUUUUUCCUCCCCACUGGCAGAGCGGGGAUCCCGCCCCUUUCCCGAGGCUGAGUGAGUCAUGGGACGGUGUCAGUUCUGGGAGGGGACUGUGCCUCCCACCCGUCCCAGGCCUGCCCAUGGGAGCAGCUGAGCUGCUGGGCCAUUGCGGCGGUUGGCAUCGGGGCGUGGCUCUGAGAGGCCCAUUUCCACACCCCCGUCCUGGGGUAGGAGAGCUGUGAUAGCAGGAGCUGGGCUGGGGCUAGCCGGGGGGCUUGCGCAAGGGGCCAUGAACUGGGUGCUCUCUUGUGGCUCAAGGGGUUCUGGUGACAUGGGUGGGGCGGGGCUGGCUGGAGCAGACUCCAGGAGUCGGGUCAGGUAGGAAAACGCCCGGCUCUCCUGCCCGUGAGGUCGGUCUGGCUGUGUUCUGGGAAUGGGCCACGGGAGGGGGGCGGGGCUGGCCCCACGGGCAGGAGCUGGCACUGGAGGAAGGGAUGGGGUCAGGUUGGGAAACAAUUUGACCCUCUUGGACUCGGGUCCACUUCAGGCCUAAAAAUUAGGCCUGAGCAGACCUCUAUGACUCAGCAGGGUGGCGGAUGGGACAUGGGGCCUCUCCCCUCUAUGGGGCGCCAGCUCCCAUCCGGCCCCAGGGCAGGGACUGGCUGGCUUGGGGGGUGGGGGUGGGGAAUGGGAAACGGGGCCUUUCCCCUCUAGGGGGCGCCAGCUCUGAUCAUGACCCAGCUUGUCAAUUUGACCCCAGGUUCUACAGUGCUGUUAAAUUUAUGGGGGGGAGGGGAGGGGCAGCUGCGCUGAGCCGAUUGGCCGAACAGGCUGCAGGGGGGUGUGCUGAUUGGCCAAUAGUUGCCCUGGCUACGUCUCCAACUUGGGGUCCGGAUUCUGGACCCAACCUGCCUGCCUUGCCCUGAGCUCCCCGCUUUGAUCCGUUCCACGUACAGAUCCCCCCCAUCACGUCCCAUAUUGCUUAGAGACCAAACCUGACCCCCAUGCUCCCCAUCCCCCCCACCCUGCUCCAUCACCUGCAGACACCACCCUCCCCUCAGCAGGGCGGGGGCACCCCGUAUGCCGAGUGCAAUCUGGGGUUUCUACUCCGUCUGCCCCUGCCUGGCACCAAUGGAAGCGCCAGAUCGGGUCCCCCAUCCCGCCCCCCUCAUGGGGGUUGUCAUUGAUUCUCUUCGCUCCCUGUUUUGGGGGGUGAUUUCCCCGCCCCUCACUGCGGCCCUGAGCCACCAGGUCUGUAUGUGUGCAAGGAGCUGUACGCGGCAGUGUGGCCGGGACAUCCCUUUUUAUUCAGUGUAACGAACUCUCUUCUCCACUGUGCCUGUUCUUUCAUGCCCUCUCUCUCUAUGUUUAAAAAAAAAAGAGAAAAGAAAAAAAAAUCUAACAAAAAAAAUCAAUUUAUUAAUAGAAUUUAAAUUAAAAAAAAGAAGAAAAUUUGGAAUAAA